UAAAUGUUAAGAGGUAGGAACGUUUCUGCUGGGUUGUUGUUGUGGGGGGGAGGAAAAAUAAUAAAGGACACUCAUUGGAGUAAUGGCGCGUCUCGUGUGUCUGUGAGUUAUGCCUCCAGUCAAAUAACAUCCAAAACCUCAAAUAACGGAACAUGGUGUCAGAAGACAACUGGAAACGUUAGUUGGGCAUAAGUGGAAGGUUUCGGCGUCGGUGCCAGGUUAAAGGUCAGCCACAGAGGAGCUGCGCGAACAGAGACGUGACGUCAUGAGUCAGUUUCAAGUCACCCCGCCGGAGAAGUUCACUUUUAGGUCCGACGACUGGACCAAAUGGAUAAAGCGUUUUGACAGAUUUCGCAUCGCGUCUGGAUUGGAGACGCAAGCGGACGAAAAUCAAGUGAACGCCCUCAUCUACACUAUGGGCGAGGAGGCAGAGGACAUAUUGGUAUCCCUGCACCUGACUCCCGAAGAGGCGAGCGAUUAUGAGACCGUUAAAAGGAGGUUGGAUGCUCACUUCGUAGCCCGCAGAAACAUCAUAUUUGAGCGAGCGAAGUUUAACCAGCGCCAACAAGAGACGGAAACCAAAGAGAGUCCAUGGGUAACAGAGAUAAAUGUGGACAAAUGCAACACACUCUUUAAAAUCGACACCGGAGCAGAUGUCACAGCAGUCCCAGAGACUUUCUACACGCAGCAUCAGUUGGGGAGAUUGGAUAAGCCCAAGAGGGUUCUGCAGGGCCCAGGAGGAACACGUCUGAAGGUAAAAGGCAUGUUCACAGCCACUCUCAGCAAGAACAACCAUAAAACCAAAGAAGACAUUUAUGUCGUACAGGGUUUAUGCACACCACUGCUGAGUGGGCAUGCUGCAGUGGCACUACAGCUGGUUGCCAGAGUGAAUCAUAUUAGCUUAGACUCUAUUGAUGCUGUCAAACAAGAAUUCCCCAAGCUUUUCAGCGGCUUAGGCAAAAUGGAAGGGGAGUACAAUAUUGUUCUGAAACCAGGGGCACAGCCGUUUUCCCUCUCGACCCCUAGGCGAAUCUCUCUUCCACUCUUACCUAAGGUUAAAGAAGAGCUGAACCGGAUGGAGCAGCAGGGUGUCAUUUCCAAGGUGGAGGAGCCCACUGAUUGGUGCGCGCCUAUGGUGGUGGUUCCUAAGCGCACAGGCAAGGUGAGAAUUUGCAGCGAUCUCACUGAACUAAACAAAUAUGUCAUGAGAGAGAAACAUCCACUCCCUUCAGUCGAACACACUCUAGGACAGCUUGCAGGAGCAAAAGUGUUUUCAAAGCUGGAUGCCAAUGCAGGAUUUUGGCAGAUUCCCUUAUCCAGGGACUCUUCUUUGCUCACGACCUUUAUUACACCCUUUGGUCGGUAUUGUUAUAACCGUCUGUGCUUUGGAAUCUCAUCAGCCCCAGAACACUUCCAGAAACGGAUGGCACGCAUUCUUGAGGGCUUAGAAGGAGUCCUCUGCCAGAUGGAUGAUGUGCUCAUCUGGGGGACGUCACAGGCAGAGCAUGAUGAGAGACUGCGAAAAGCACUGGUUCGACUGCAGGAGGCUGGAGUAACAUUGAACGACAAGUGUGAGUUCUCCAAGAACAGGAUAAAGUUCCUGGGGCAGGUCAUUGAGGCAUCGGGGGUCAGCGCAGAUCCUGACAAGGUGCAUGCCGUGAGUUCCAUGGAUGAGCCCAGCAACAUAAGUGAGGUGAGACGCUUCCUGGGCAUGGUGAAUCACCUAGGAAAGUUUCUUCCUCACCUGGCGGAAAAAACGCGCCCCCUAAGAGAUCUGCUGAAGAAGUCCAACCUGUGGUCAUGGGGGCCACAGCAGCAGCAGGCUUUUGACGGCAUCAAAAAAGAACUGACAACACCCCCAGGGCUUGCUCUGUAUGAUCCAAAUGCUGACACGUGCGUAUCAGCUGACUCAUCUUCGUAUGGCUUGGGGGCAGUGCUUCUCCAGCGGUACGCUGAUUUAGGGUGGAAACCAGUAGCAUACGCUUCAAGAGCUCUCACCGCGACAGAGCAGCGAUAUGCUCAAAUUGAGAAAGAGGCCCUCGCUUCAACAUGGGCCUGUGAGAGGUUUGCAGAGUUCCUAAUUGGGAAAACAUUCCACAUUGAAACAGACCACAAACCUCUGGUCUCGUUGCUUGGCUCCAAGGGCCUGGAUGAGCUUCCACCUCGUAUACAACGUCUACGCAUGCGAUUGAUGAGGUUCUCUUAUACCAUAUCUCAUGUUCCUGGUAGAGACAUUGCAACAGCGGAUGUACUGUCCAGAGCUCCUGUAGGUGACACAACUGAGGGUUUGCCGGAGGAAGAAAUCAACUUGUAUGUGGAGUCCGUCAUAGCAAGUCUGCCAGCCACAGAGCCACGACUCAGAGAAAUCCAGACACAUCAGGACAGUGACAGCAUUCUAAACCAGCUGAAGAAGUUCUGUGUGGAAGGAUGGCCAGAUAAGUAUUCCAUUGAAAGGGUUUUCCGGCCUUAUCUGCCAUUUUCAGGUGACCUCACAGUCCACAAUGGUUUGCUUCUUUAUGGGAGCAGAAUAGUGAUUCCCACAUCACUCAGAGCAGACAUUCUGUCUAAACUACAUGAGGGACACCUAGGAAUAACGAAAUGCAGAGAGAGAGCUAAACAAUCUGUUUGGUGGCCAGGCCUGAGCAGUGAGCUGAUAAAAGUGAUUGAGACCUGUGACACUUGCUGCCGUGAGCGGACUAAACACAAAGAAACCAUGCUACCUACAGAGUUCCCACAAAGACCGUGGGCCAUGGUUGGAACUGAUCUGUUCCAGAUAGAGAAUAAACAGUACCUGGUCAUUGUGGAUUACUUUUCCAGAUUCUUCGAAGUUGCCAAACUGACAUCUACAACAUCAGAGGCAGUGAUCGAGCACUGUAAAUCAAUCUUUGCACGUCAUGGCAUACCAGAGCAGGUUCGCUCUGAUAAUGGGCCUCAGUUUUCGUCUGAUUCCUUCAAAAGAUUUGCGCAAGAAUGGGGUUUUAGCCAUGAGACAUCCAGUCCCCACUUCCCUCAGAGCAACGGGGAGGCCGAGAGGGCAGUCAGGACCAUCAAAAGUCUUCUUAAAAAGUCUGGCGAUCCCUAUCUCGCCCUUAUGGCAUACCGGGCCACUCCAUUGGCAAAUGGCUACAGCCCGACUGAGCUUCUCAUGGGUAGGAGGAUAAGGACAACUGUUCCUGUCAUCCCAUCACAGCUAAAUCCAAGAGGUACGAACACAGACAAACUCAAAGCUAUAGAACAAUCGUACAGACAAAAACAAAGGCAAAACUACAACCGCAGACACAGAGCACAUGAUAUGCUACAGCUCAAUCCUGGAGACAAAGUGUGGGUCUCAGACAUGGAUACUAGAGGGACAGUCGUGUCCAUGGCAGGCUCACCGAGGUCCUACAUCGUAGAGACAGCAAAGGGUACGCUGAGAAGAAACCGUUACCAUCUUACACGGACACCUGGUGCACCGGAGAUUUCUGUCGAUCCACCAGAGACUUCACCUGAGAACUCUGUUCCAGCGGCACAGAGUGUGUCGGUUCCAGACACUAUCUCGCAGGAGGCCAGCCAGCAGACUCCUGAAGCUGGGAGCCAAAUCCCACCCAGGUCUAGGAGGCCUCCAGCAUAUCUGAAAGACUAUGUUUGCUCAUAGGGCUAGGAACUGAGUGAGCUAUGGGGCAGAAUAAUCCCCACACUCAGGUAGAGGGUUGGGUAGUCUACCCCAUCCCUCAUAGAGACAAUGUGAAAUAAAGCAAAUGGUUGCACUGUUUAAACAGGUUGUUUAUAGCUGCACCAAAUAGUUCAGAAAUGUGCACUUAUGCUUAGUGUUCAGAGUUGUAUACUUUGAGAGGUUAUUUUUGGACAUUCUGAGUAGUCUGGGGUUUGAAACCAAACGAGUUCAGUAAACAAGUUGUUACCAGAUAAAACACAUGGAAAUAGUAUACUUUAAAGUACGCGGGUCUAAUCUGUUUUCUUAGUUAUAUCCCAGCAUCACAUCCUAUUUAGUAGGGGGGAUGUAGUAUCAGGUAAAUGUUAAGAGGUAGGAACGUUUCUGCUGGGUUGUUGUUGUGGGGGGGAGGAAAAAUAAUAAAGGACACUCAUUGGAGUAA